AGUAGGUAAAGGUUGCUCUCCCUGCCCUCUCAGCAACCUAGCUGCUCUUCCCUGGCGUUCCCCUCCCGCUUUCCUUGGCGGGUGGCGAGGGGAGGGGCGCAGGUGCUGCUGGCUGGGGGGUCCGCACCUCUGGGCGGUGUCUCCUCACCUGUGCGCGGCUCUCCGCGGCCGCCACGCCCGGCAGCCGGGGGCGGGAGCGCUCUGCCGUGCUGGCGCUGACAAGCGGGGGGCUCCCGGCGCCGGAGGCGGUGCGGCGGCAUCCCCAUCAUCAUCCUCCUCCUCCCUGUCCUUUCCUCCCUCCUCCCUGCCUCCGUCUCCUCCCUCUCUUCCCCCGGGCGCCCUCUGCACUUUCUUCUCGAACCACCCUCGUAGGCAAACUUUGAUGGGGAACCUCGCACCGCGCUGGAAAAAUGCCUGUUAUGAAGGGAUUACUGGCACCUCAGAACACCUUUCUCGACACCAUCGCCACCCGGUUUGACGGCACACAUAGUAACUUCAUCCUUGCAAAUGCUCAGGUGGCUAAAGGAUUCCCUAUUGUUUACUGCUCAGAUGGCUUCUGUGAGCUUGCUGGAUUUGCACGAACUGAAGUCAUGCAGAAGAGCUGCAGCUGUAAAUUUUUACUUGGUGGUGAAACAAAUGAGCAGAUGAUUCUUCAAAUUGAGAAAUCAUUGGAGGAAAAGAUAGAAUUCAAGGGAGAAAUCAUGUUCUAUAAGAAGAAUGGGUCUUCAUUCUGGUGCCUACUGGAUAUUGUUCCAAUAAAGAAUGAAAAAGGAGAUGUAGUACUCUUUCUGGCCUCUUUCAAAGACAUAACAGACACAAAAGUGAAGAUUGCUGCAGAAGACAAAAAGGAAGAAAAAUGGAAAGGAAGAGGAAGAGCGGGGUCACAUUUUGAGUCAGCACGAAGACGGAGUAGAGCUGUCCUUUAUCAUAUCUCUGGACAUCUACAAAGAAGAGAGAAGAACAAAUUAAAAAUUAAUAAUAAUGUUUUUGUAGAUAAACCAGCAUUUCCAGAAUACAAAGUUUCAGAUGCAAAAAAAUCCAAAUUCAUACUGUUGCAUUUUAGCACUUUUAAAGCUGGCUGGGACUGGCUUAUUUUACUGGCAACGUUUUAUGUUGCUGUGACUGUACCUUACAAUGUUUGCUUUAUUGGCCAUGAUGAGCUGUCUACGACUCGAAGCACAACUGUCAGUGACAUUGCAGUGGAAAUUCUUUUUAUCAUCGAUAUUAUUCUAAAUUUCCGAACAACGUAUGUCAGCAAGUCUGGCCAAGUUAUAUUUGAAGCAAGAUCUAUUUGUAUCCACUACGUGACUACCUGGUUUAUCAUUGAUUUAAUUGCUGCACUUCCUUUUGAUCUUCUUUACGCUUUCAAUGUCACUGUGGUUUCCCUUGUCCACCUCCUAAAGACAGUCCGGUUAUUACGCCUCUUGCGUCUCCUUCAGAAGUUGGAUCGUUACUCCCAGCACAGCACAAUUGUUCUCACACUUCUCAUGUCCAUGUUUGCCUUGCUUGCUCAUUGGAUGGCCUGCAUUUGGUAUGUCAUAGGGAAAAGGGAGAUGGAACAGAAUAACCCCCUUACCUGGGACAUAGGUUGGCUUCAUGAGUUAGGAAAACGUAUUGAGUCUCCUUACUAUGAGAAUAAUACACUAGGAGGCCCAUCAAUCAGAAGUGCCUAUAUAGCUGCCCUAUAUUUCACCCUCAGCAGCCUCACCAGUGUUGGGUUUGGAAAUGUUUCAGCCAACACCGAUGCUGAAAAGAUCUUCUCCAUUUGCACAAUGCUGAUUGGAGCUUUGAUGCAUGCCUUGGUGUUUGGCAAUGUGACUGCCAUAAUUCAGAGGAUGUACUCCAGAUGGUCCCUUUAUCACACAAGAACGAAGGAUCUGAAGGACUUUAUACGGGUCCAUCACCUGCCACAGCAGCUAAAGCAAAGAAUGCUUGAAUAUUUCCAAACCACGUGGUCCGUCAAUAAUGGAAUUGAUUCCAAUGAGCUUUUAAAAGACUUCCCGGAUGAGCUACGUUCAGACAUCACCAUGCACUUGAACAAGGAGAUUUUGCAGCUCUCCCUUUUUGAGUGUGCCAGCCGUGGUUGCCUCAGGUCUCUGUCUCUGCAUAUCAAAACCUCCUUCUGUGCUCCUGGGGAAUACCUCCUCCGGCAGGGAGAUGCCCUGCAAGCGAUCUACUUUGUGUGCUCAGGUUCCAUGGAAGUCCUGAAGGACAGCACGGUGCUGGCAAUUCUUGGUAAAGGAGAUUUAAUUGGAGCAAACCUAUCUAUUCGGGAUCAAGUAAUUAAAACAAAUGCAGAUGUUAAAGCUCUCACAUACUGUGACCUCCAAUGCAUUAUCCUCAAAGGUCUCUUUGAAGUGCUCGACCUUUACCCAGAGUAUGCUCACAAGUUUGUUGAAGACAUACAGCAUGAUCUCACAUACAAUCUAAGAGAAGGCCAUGAAAGUGAUGUAAUAUCAAAAUUAUCAAACAAGUCUACGCUAUCUCAGACAGAGCUCAAGGGAAACGGAAAUAUAAAGAAGAGACUCCCUUUAAUUGUGGAAGAUGAAGAUGAGGAUGAGGAGGGAGAAGAAGAGAGCAGCACCCUUUCACCAAUCCAUACAAGAAGCACAAAUUGCUCUCAGCAGAAGAAGGCUGGAAGCAAAAGCCACCUAGGGAGAAACUUGAAGCAGUUGGCCUCAGGAACAGUGCCCUUUCAUUCACCUAUCCGUGCUUGCAGUUCAAACCCCUCAAGAACCAAACAUGAAACAGAGCUCCAUUACUACUCCAGAAGGAAGGAGAAAAACCUUAAGUUACACCUUUCAGCACUGACCACCAGUGGUCCACCCAACCUGAGCCCAAGAAUUGUUGAUGGGAUUGAAGAUGGAAAUCAUAAUGAGGAAAGCCAAACCUUUGACUUCAGCUCUGAUCAGUUUAGGCAGGACUCCCGGUUAUCUCCUACGGCUGGAGAGGCUGAAAUUGGUGCUGCCGUGCUUGUUAUCAAAGUAGAAGAGACCAAACAGCAGAUCAACAGGCUUAAUAAUGAGGUGACAACUUUAACUCAAGAAGUCUCACAAUUAAGUAAGGAUAUGAAGAAUGUGUUGCACCUUCUGGAGAACCUGCUCACAUCCCAGAAGCCUCCCGGGUUCUGUGCUGUGCAUGGUAUAUCUCAAAGCCCUACCCUGGAAAGCCUGCAGUCUCGAAUGGCUUGGACUACACAUCAACCUUGCACACACAUGCAAGCUGGCAACUUUACUUACACCAAAGCACAACUUUGCCACGGCAACACAUUAUGUGACAUUUGGAAUACGGAUCUGUCCUCUGUGGGCAGUAGUCCCCAAAGAACCGAACCCAACCCACAAAAUUCUAUAGAUGGUGAAUUUUACUAUACACCAGGCCUUCACAAUUCCCUCUCCCAGAAUCAGGUAAUUCAGAGAGACAAUUCACAGUUUUUAAGAUGCACCUCUCCCCAUUCAGACACUACCUUGACUCCUCUUCAGUCUAUUUCAGCAACUCUUUCUUCUUCAGUAUGCUCUUCAUCAGAGACAUCAUUACACCUCGUGCUCCCCAGCAGGUCUGAGGAAGGUAGCUUCAGCCAAGGAGCAAUCAGCUCAUUAAGCCUGGAGAACUUGCCGGUAUCAUGGGACCCGGAAGGAACAGCGGGAGUAGUUUCUGCACAGACCCCAGAUUUCCCGAUAGACAUUGUGACAAGCACAAGGGAUGUUAAAGAUAAAGAUUACCGAGCCAUAGACGUCUAAUGAGAAACAGUGAAAUGAUACUCAAAGCACGUUCCACAGCUGUCAGUUUUAAACUCAGAGAGUACUGCGUGACUGCUUCAUUUGACCUUUUCUCUGGCAAUCAUGGAGACUUACAAACAUGAAAACUCAGAUUUCUAGAGGAAGGUAUAUAGAAAAGGCGCCAGUUAAUAUUAUAGGAAAAAAAAAUUUCUAGAUUCUAAAAGCAUGAUGAAAAGCAUUUUGUAUACAGAUACAUCUUAUUGUUCUAUUUGGCAGACUCUUGUGAUAGUCCAAAGACCCUGGGGGUCAGAGCAGCUGGAAGCCUAGGACAAAAGAACUGUCAUGGGUGGCUUUUGUUCAUCAAAGCAAAGGUUUUCCCUGAGUGUCUGACUGUUGCUCUCAAACAGUAUGUAAGGCACUGUUUGCUUCAGGUGAUUGUGGGUCCUGCUGGUGUGUUUGUCAGUUCUGUGAAGGCAAAGGGACAAUUAUCGCUGCAUGUCAUCUAGACAAUCAACCAAAUAGAGCUGGUAGAGAGUGGUUAGUUGUUGCACGUUAUUUGUCAUGUAAAUGGAACCUCUUAAUUUAUCUAAAAAUGCUAUUUUUAUAUACUUGGUAUGAAACAUGUACUUAAAAAUUAUUUAAAAUAUUUAUAAGGAGAAUAAGAGUUUGUUUUCAUUUUGGCAAAAGCUUGCAGUUUUAACAAGAAGUGCACUACCAUCAUGUAUUAGAUCAAAUACUAUUUAUUGUUAAGAUAUUAUGUAGUUUACAAAUUUAUUCCCUUUUAUGUGCAUGUAAUUUGCAAUGAAUGUAUUCAUGCUGGUGGAAUACAAAUAAAUUAAGGUAUUAUUUUAUUAAAAAAAAAUAAAACAGCUGGAAUGUUGAAUCCUAUACUAAGUCAGCUAUUACUACUUUGAAAGUGAAAUGUUAUACUGACAACAUUAAGUACCCUUGGUUUAUGUCUAAGUAUGGUAGUACUAUUGAUAAGAGCAAGUCAACAUUUUACUACACAAUCCCUGUUUUGGGAUUUUGUAUCUUGACAAGAAAAUUAAGAAGGAUGAAAACCAUUGAGCAAAUUGAGGAAUAUUAAAAGAGAAAAUUACAAUGGUUUAGUCAGAAUCAAAGAAAUUAAUUUAAAUUUAUUUGUCUGAUGAUUUUUGCUUACAUAUGUAAAAACUAGCUUUGACCUUUGGUCAAAAAAAAAAAAAAAACAAAA